AUGGCUUUUGCACAAUCAAUUACAGCUACAAUAACAUUAUCUAAAACUUUCACAAAUGAAUAUACAAAAAUAAAUAUUUCGACAACCAAAGAUCUAACAAAACUGGUACUUAUCUUUUAUUUAAGCUCAAAUAAUGAUCCAAGUUUUAUCAUUCCAGAUACUCAACCUACAGUCAAUGACCCAAAUUAUACUCUAGCUUGUAAAAUGGAUACAAAUACAUGUAUUUUGACACCUAAUCAAGGAAGUAUACCUCGUUCAUCAUCUUUAACAAUAGGAUUAUUUUAAAAUCCUUCACAAAGUUUUACUAUUACUUAAGUCGAAUACUAUUUAGACUAAACUUUUAGCUAAUAUAGUUAAACAUAUUCAUUCUAAGCAAGAGAUAGCUCAUAUAAUACUGUUUAAAAUUAAGUCGUUAAUAACCUAAUUAGAAAUGCAUAAAGCCCAUUUAUUAUGACCUUUUAAUACUCAUAUUUAGACAAUACAUAGCUUACCAUUACUUACAGCUCAUCAUGUUUUUCUAAUACUCUUUUAGGAACUCUAAAAACUGUAAAAGAUAAUAUCCAAAAUAUUAAUUUAACUUGCACUUAUUAAGAUAUGUUUGGAAUAUGCGGCUGUACUUCUUAAUAUUUAACAUUUAUAAAAACUGAUGAUUACUAGAUAUCUACAUUAAAUUUAAAUAGUUGGGUAAAUCCCUUGAGUAAUUAAUUAUAGAUUCAAUUAUGGUUUAAAACAAGUUAAGGUUAAGUAAGUUAAUUUUUAAAGUAAAGUUAUACUCUUAAUUUUUUAUAUGAUUCGUUUUAAUAUUAUGACAUAUCUCCUAACUUAAAUUAGCCUUAGAUCAUUUAAAGUAAUGGUUAAGUCAUAAUUAAAUUCAAAGUAUCUAAUCCUUGUGCUUCAACAUAGACAUUGAUGUUUAUUCACCCAUAUUAAUAAAUUUAAAGCAAUUUUAAUUUUAUGUUAUAUUGGUAAGCAUCGUCAAAGGUAGUAAAUACUUCAUAUGUUAAUAAUUAAUAGGGAAAUUUUACUAUUUAAUUUCCUUGUACAGAUGGUGGAUCAUAUUAAUACUACUAAUUAAGCUUAACUGUUUAAUAUGCGAUGCAAAGUGUAUAUCCAGCUCUUAACAAUUACCAAUUUAGUUUUAGCAUUUCAGAUAAAUAAUAAUAUGUUACAUACAAUACGACUCAGAUAAAAUAUUAUGAGGCAUCCAAUCCUUCAAGUUUAACUUUAUCUUUUACUAGCUCUUAACCUCAGUUUUCAGAUAUAUCUAAUUUACAGUUAACCUAUUAAUCGUAAAUGUAAAUUUCACAAAACUAUGUUUUUGCUCUCAUAAUCCCAAAUUUAAAUAGCUUUGUUAAAAUUCCUUCAUCUGCUAUUACAAACUCAAACUGUCAAGCUACUUCUUUAAAUAGUACUCAUUUCUAGGUUAAAUUAGUUUAGUCAAUACCAUCAUGUAACCAAAAUAGUUACUGUUUAGCAUCUUUAAGUUAAAUUUUAAAUUGCUUGUAAAAUUAAGACUAUAUUAAUCAAAGUAUUACUUACAAUAAUAACAUCUAAAUUAUUGUAACAAAUUCAACUUAAGAUGGUAUAUUUGAAAUUAUUUAAUCAUCUUUACAAUUAAGUCAUCUAGUUCCAUAUUAUGCUUAGUAUCCUAUCUUGUCUUAAGUUGGAAGUGGUUCAUCCACCAGUAGUAAUAUUUAAAGCAAUUUACCACUAUUAGUUUAACUUGAAUUGACUCCUUAUUUAAUUUAAAAUGGAGCUCAAAUUAUCAUUAAUAUUCCUUAAUUUGCUCUAUACUAUUAAUAAAGCAUUAACAUUUGUAAUGGCUAGACCUUUACAUAUUCACAAUAUUUAUCUUUAAAUGAUAACUACUUGGAACCAAGUAUUUAAUAAUUGACAAUUAAUUUAUAGAAUCCAGUAUAAGUUUCUGCAUAAAAUAAUAACAGAUUAAUCUAAUUUACUCUAUGCAAUUUACAAACCUCGUUUAUUUAGAAGAAUUUUUAAAUUUAACAAUUUACUUACUAAGCUUUUCCUCUUUAAGCUGAUAUUUCUAAAGUAAUAAACCUAGUUGCUGUAAAUAAUAUUUAAAAUACAAAUUUAUCUCAGCUUUCUGCCUAAAUUUAUAAUUUGAAUAAUGUAGCUUAUUAGAGAGUUACUUAUCUAACAGGAGCUAUAGGAAAUCAAACUAUAUCUUUCACCGCUUCUGCAGAUUUAGUAGCAAAUAAAAACUAUUUAACUAUCGUUAUUCCUAACUCGCUUCAAAUGCCAUAAUCAUCGACAGUCUGUUAUAUUAAUGGAAUUACUUGCACAAUAUAAAAUCCUAAUCCUUCAAAUUAAUCCUUUUAAAUUUUGAUUACUCAAACUAUUGCUUAAGGAUCAUAAGUAAAUAUAGUUUUUGCAAAUAUUUAGAACUCAAGAGUUUAGACAUUAUAUCCUUCUCAAUAAAUUACAAUUACACAGUAAUAUUCUUAUUAAAGUAAUAUGCAAAACCAAGCUACUUACUCUAGCGCUCAAUUUGUAGUGUAAAUUAAUCCUUCUCCAUUCAAAAGCUCAUCGCUUACAAUUUCCACAGACUCUUAAACUUCAUCAAGGACAAUUAAUAUAAACUUUGUAGUUAAUAAUGUAAUAAAAUCAGAUGAUGCUAUUAUUUUUGACUUUACAGGAAGUUCAAUUUAGGUGUCAAGCAGUAUCAAAAUUUUUUUUAUUGAUUAAAAUAAUUAAUAAUCAUAGAUAAGUUAUAGUCUGAAUGGCUAGGUUUUAUAGUUUUAAUCUCCUCAAUAGUCAGAUGGAAAUAAUAAUUCAUAAUUUUCUUUUCUGAUUACCAAUACAAUAGAUAUAACCUCUGCUUAAACUUCUUCAAAUAUAAAAGCAUCUAUCUAAGACAAAUCUAACGCUUUAAUAUAACAAGAUUCAAUAUUAAUUUAAGGUGGAAUGAUUGUGGAAAGAGAAAAUGCUUCAUCACAAGCAGUUGGUGCUACUUCCUCUUAUUCUUUCUAUUUUAGUUUAACUUAAAAUAUAUCUUGUACAUCAACAACUUUAGUAAUUACAUUACCAACUUAAUGCCCUUAUUCUCCAAGAGUACCUAAUUAAGCUAUUUAGUGUAAAAUCAGAAACAGUGACACUAUAUUGCAAUGUUCUUCUAAUUAAUAAGGAUAGAAUUAGAUUAUUUCUAUUAAUCCAUGCACUUAAACUCAAAAUUAGUUAUCUGCAGGCGAUGUUUUGGCUAUUAGUAUUAAUUUAAUUAAUGGCUAUUUUAUAGGAUAGUGUGAUCAAAAAUAUAGCAUACUUGCAUCAUUUUAACAACCACCAAAUGCUUUACCAAAUUAUAUGUAUAACGCUAGUUUGUUACCUUCAUCAGUGAUUGGUUCUUUUAAUACAGUAGCAUCAUCUAAUAACAAUGUUGUUAAUGCUAAAGAAGUAAGACUUACAUUAACUUUAACCAUGAAUUCUAUCUUAGUCGAUAAUACCAGCUAAGGCGGAUAAAUCUUAAUUACCCCUAGCCCUUAGUCUCCUAUCCCUUCCAGCUAUCUAAGUUAAAAUUGUGCAGCUUCUUGUUUACAACCUUCUAGUUUGAAUAAAUAGUUUGAAAAUUGUUCAUUUUAAUAAUCUAUUUAUAGUGUAUCAUUUAAAGGAGAUUCAACAAAUUAUUGCUAGACAGUUCAAGUUGUAAUAAAUUUAUAAUAUAAUCCGAUUAGUAUAAAAAAAGCAACAGCUUUUACAAUUUAAGUAGUUUCUUCACUUAACACCAAUAGCAACAAAGUUUAAGAAACAAGCGAAGUCAUAUAUAGUGCAAAAACAGUUGGUUUAUUGAGCAAUAUAAAUUUAACCCCAACAUCUUAAAUUGCAAAAAGCCCUGUUAAUCUAAAUUUUUCUUUCAACCCAUCUAUUUAAAAUAAUUAAUUUUAAAGUUAUGCAACUAUUGUUUAUAUAGGUUUUUAAAAUUAAAUUUCUUCAAUGAUUAUAAGUAGUUAAUGCUAAACCACUAUUCUAGAUAGCUAGUAAUAUAUUACUGUCUCAUCUACUUAUGGAAGUACAACAAUAUCUAUUUAAAAUUGUUUUGUGAAUAGGCCAUACUAAAUAGUUUCAAGUAGUCAAAGCAAUGCUAUCAAUUAAUUUUUAAUAAGAACAUUUUUAAAAGAAAGCGAUGGAAGUAUCUACGAAAUAGAUAGCGGUACAGUGAAUGGCUACAAUAUUUUACCAAUGCCUUUUAAUAAAAUGGUAAUUAGUAGUGCUACUGAUGUUGUUGGUCUAAAUCCACAAUUAAAUACGAAACUAACAUUCUCUAGCUUUUCAAUUGAUUCAUACUAUAUUUAAAUUAACUUUCCUGAUUAUAGAUAUAUUUUAAAUAAUAAUUUAGUGAAACCUUAAUACAGAAUAAGUCCUUCAGCUAAUUUCUAGCAAGUGCUUUCCACCACUUAUUAUUCUGAUAGUUCUUCUCAAACUUAAAGAUUACAAUAAGUAACAGUAUUAUUGAAUUCAAGCGAUUUUUAAUCAACUUGUGUAGAUUAAUCCUGUUCAUAGAAUUUAUUAUAUUUGGAAAUUUCAUAAAUAUUAAAUAUAAAUGCAAUUAUUGGUUCAUAAUCCCAAAAUCAGCUUUAAUUUACUAUAUUGCAAAAUACUCAAAGUUAGUAACAGAUUUACUAUUAAUCAUCUCAGAGUAUCAACCAACUUGUCUUAAAUUAACUCAAUUAAUUUUAAGUGAGCGUCUAACCUGCUCUUAUUAAUUAAUCCAUUUAAUUUUAUUAUCAGCUUUUUUUAAACCCUUUGAUCUUUUCUUCAACUACAAGAUAGUUUAGAUUUGUUUUACCCAGUAAUUAGAUUGUAGGUAACAAAAUAUCGUGUUAGCAGAUUCUUAACUCUGGAAAUACUGUUGAUAUAACUUGCUCUAUUAAUGCGUCUAAAUAAUUACUUAUAGUGCCAAAUGAAUUCUAAAGAAAUGUUACUAUAAUAUAUAAUUCUACAGCUUAAACUUCUACCUAAUUUACAAAUUUAUCUGUUUUUGUUGACGAAAGCAUAGAUUAAGUCUUUUAUCCUUCUUUUUAAUCCUCUCAACAAUCUUUCGUGCUUUACACUUCAAACAGCACCUAAUGUGAUAAUUUACCAUCUUGCAAAAGUUGUUAUGAUACAUCAAUUUGUAACUAAUGUUAACCACCUAAUCUUUUAUUGUACUAAGGAAAAUGCCUAAGUUCUUGCCCCUCUGGCACUAUCUAAGACUAAUCCUAAUGUGUUCCAUGCGGAGUUAACUGUAUUGUUUGUCAAAACCAAGGUUUUUGUAGUUAAUGUGACAAAGAUUAUGCAAUGAGCGACGGUGUAUGUGUUUUGAACUGCCCUUAAAAUACAAUAAAGGUUUAAUUGCAAUCAGGAGUAUAUAUUUGCAAAGGAUCUUCUUGCAAUGUACAAAACUGUAACCAAUGCUCAAAUAAUCCAUAGAUCUGUGCAUAAUGUAAUUCUGGUUAUCACUUAAUUUAUUAAACUGAUGGAACAGUAAUAUGUGUUUUAGAUAGCAAUACAAAUUGUCCUGAAAGUAAUAUGUACUAUGAUACUGUUAAUAAAACUUGCAAAUACUGUAGCCCUGAAUGUAAAACCUGCUCUGGAGGAACUAACUUAGAUUGUAUAAUUUGUUCGAAUCUUUAUGGUAACUCUUACUUAGAUAAAGUUAAUAAUAAAUGUGUGUCUUAAUGUCCAGAAGGAACAUAUGCAGAUUAAUUGUCUAAAGUAUGCAAUUAAUGUGAUAAAUCGUGUAAGACUUGUUUAAAUUCUACUAGCUGCAUAAUAUGUGAUCCAAAAUAUCCUUAUUUCUUAAACUCACUUUGUGUGGCUUAAUGCCCUGAUUAAAUGUUUGCUUAAGCAAACACAUGUACUAAAUGCCACUAAACAUGCUAAACUUGCUCAGAUACUACAAGCUGCAUAACUUGCAAUAAAUAAACUCCUUAUUUAUACAAUAAGUUAUGUGUUGAUAAAUGUCCAUAGUCAACUUAUCCAGAUACUUAAAAUGUUUGUAGAAGUUGUGACAUAUCAUGCCAGUCAUGCUCAAAUAACAAUACUUGUGAUGUUUGUAGUACUCAAUAUCCUUACUAGUUUGAAAAGCUUUGUGUGAAAACUUGCCCAGAAAAAACUUAUUUAAAUUAGUCUAAAUGUUCUCCAUGUCACGAAUCUUGCCAAACUUGUACUAAUUAAAGUACAUGUUCUUCAUGCAAAUUAUAGUAUCCUUAUCUAUAACAAGGUUUGUGUGUUGAUAAGUGUGACAUUACUAAAUAUGAAACAAAAGAAAAUUAAUGUAUGUUAAUAAUGAAAGAUGUUAAAGACUCAUAUAACAAGACUUUAGCAUUGACUCUAACAUCGUUGAUUUUGAUUGUGAUUACAAUAAUAGCAAUAUUUACUCUAUUUUCUAUACACAAAUCAAAAGUAGCUCUAAUAAUCACACUUAGCUCUUCUUUUGCAAUAUUAGAAAACUUAACAAAGAUAUUUAUGAUCAUCAUGUCUCUUGAUAAAUUCGUUUGUAUUUUAGUUUUACUAACUUAUACUAUUAAUGUAAUUUAUGGAGUUUCAGCCAGAAAUUUAUUUGAUAAGUUUGAUGAGUUAGGCUACGAUUAAUGGAAAUAAUACUCACAGCAAGUUAAAAGUAAGAAAUACCCUAAAUUUUACAAGUUUUGGUAUUAUUUUUAUUUCUUAGGUCCAUAGUCAAUAAGGAUUUCUCAAUCCUUAUUUAAUAAAUAAGAUAUUGAUUUUUACUAAAAAUAAUCAUUCAAAGACCAAGCCACCUAAAUAAUUGGAUAGUGCUACUUAUUCAAUAUGUUUUAAGUUUUGAUUGAUAUCAUUUCUAUAGUUAUUUAUACAACUAGCUUUGAUCCAUUUGGUUUAGGUAUUAUCAAUAUCUGUAUUUAUUUUAUUUCUUUACUAUCAUUUAUCAGAGAGGAUCCUGAGGUUGUCAAAGAUUUCUUUAGAUAUUUAAUAAGAAAGUAUAGAAUUUUAACUAUGAAAAUGAAAGGUUGA